AUUCAUGCCCAUCAACCGAACUCGCCAGUUUGGCUACCGCUGUCAGGUGUGAGUGAUGAUGCGAAAUUUGGUUUGCUGCCAAAGUUAAGAAUCUAUAAUUGUGAUAUUUACCAUCCGGGCAGCACGCCAAUUCAAGCGUAAUUACUGCGCUUUUUAUGAGAAGCGCAUCGAUAAAACAAGAAAAUAGAUAGGACUACGAGCCGAAAAGCCCGAACAAGAAGAAUGGUGUGGUAUCGUCAGACUUCAUUAGGUGUUAGAACCUGGGGCAAAACUUGGGAGUAGAUUACGCGUGCUGACUCACUAUUACGGAAGUGCUCUCAGGGAUGAUAAGCAAAAUGUCGGUGGAAGAGACCGAGUUUGACUCAUUCAACAACAACUCUAGCAGUAGGAAGAUGGUGCUAAGUGAAGUCAGAAUAACUAAGGGCAAAUCAUGGCGAGCGGCUCGCGUUGCGCUCGUCGUUGCCGCUAUCCUUGCAAUCACAGGCAUUGUGUGCAUAGCUCUGGGGGCCGUCCGCCUCGACAGGGCUAAGGGGAUGAGCACAGGGGGGCAGCCUGUGGGCGUGGUUUGCGAGUCCUCGCGGAGGAAUCUCACCGAGGGUGGGGCGAGCGGGCGAGAGGAUCCCUGCGGGCCCUCUGAAGAGCUGGCUAAGUCGGGGCUCCUACGUUUUCUAGCCAAAGUCGAGGAGAAUUAUUACAUUCACCAUCCGUUCGAAGUGCCCUACAAGUACGGCAUCAGCCGUGUCGAGGUCAAGAGGACGUUUUCUCCAUUUAACCCUUCGCCUGAGGCCAUCCAAGCGACAACAGACAAAGCACAGGCGCUCCUGCGCGAGCUCGAUAGCAUCACGGUAGACAAGCGCUUGCUUAAGCCGCGAGAAGAGAUGGUGCUUGCCAAGACAAGACACUUCUUGGAACAUAACUUUGGCAGCGCUUAUGAUAACAGCUACUACACAGGCGAAUGGAUGCUAGGACCAAGCCGGUUUUGCUAUAUGCAAAGUUUCUCCGAGUUACAAUGGACCUUCCGGGCACUCAUGUUCCGGAUUCGACCAAGAAGCAUGGAUGACAUGGAAUACAUAAUCGAUAUGAUGAGAGAGUACGGCAAGGGAAUUGAUCAGUACCGUAAAAAUAUCAAACUCGGAGUCAAAGCCGGAAUGGUUAACUCAAUUGAAGAAUGUACAGUAGGGUACGACUGCCUAGCCCGAUAUUUCCCUGAGAUCAGUCCAACACUCACUCCUCAAGAUAUCCUUAAGGAAUCGUUCAUCGGUUCCCUGCUAGGUGCUAGAAUACUGUCUGAGACGAAGAACAUGUCUUCUUUCUAUUGGACUAAGAAGUACAAGAAGUCCUUGGCGAGAUCACUUAGGGAGGCGGCGGUCAUACAUCUCGGCGUCCCAUUGGUUGAGUUAUUCCGGUACCUAUCCGGGCAGCACAGGGUACACUGUCUGCCGAGUAACGCAUCCAGCGGGCUAGCCUCGCGCCCUGUUCCCUUUGUAUUUUACCACGGACAACCCAACCGGUCUGAGUCAACUACCCAGCGACUUCCAAGCCAUCACCCGCUAAACGGGAAGAAAGCUUACGAGCGUAUCCUUAGAUAUUUCACGACGACCAACAUGACGCCGGACGCUGUUCACCAGGUCGGAUGGAAGGCGCUGCGCUCAUAUUACGCCGAGGCUGUGCAGACCGCGCGAGAAUAUACCGGCAUACACAACGACUCGGAGGCCAUCGCGGAGUUUCGCGUCGUUAUCAACUCGUCCGACAUGUUCUACAAUGACAAGCCUUUCCCUGCGAACGAGUCUGAUGCGCGAGCUCAUAGACUGUGCUCCAAUGACGUAGCCGCUGCGUUCUACUGCCCCACGCGAUACGCCGCGCUCAAAGAGUGGUUCAAGUCAUCGUUCAGCACCCUGAGCAUGAUUCAGCCUCGCCUGCUGCGAAUGUUUCACUGGAUGGUGGGUCCACGCAAGACCACGCCUGUCUGCCCUGUAGCUAUGGCGACCAGCUUCGAGCCUAGCAACGGUGCGCAGAGCUACCGGUCGUCGGGCUACACCUGUCGGUUUCCUGCCAGGUACUACCUGCCAUUUUUCCUGGACAGAAUGGGACCAAAGUACUCGGAAUGGACGGUCAACGCGCACGAAGCCAUGCCUGGUCACCAUGUCCAGUCUCAGGGGUAUUUUGAGAACUUCAGGGACACAUGUAAACCGCUGUUGGCAGCGUUGAGCCGCAAACAAUACGCGUACACCGCAUACUCUGAGGGGUGGGGCUUGUACGCUGAGAACCCACUUAUCGCCGCGGACGCAGAUGUGUACCAAGUCAACAAACUACAAAAAUUCGGGAUGCUCAAAUGGCAAAUAUGGCGCGCCCUUCGUCUUAUCGUCGAUACUGGUCUGCAUCACAAAGGCAUGACCCGUCAGAAGGCACUCCAACUGUUUAGCCAUUACGCCUGGGACGACAGCGAUGUCGCCGAGAAAGAGGUGACGCGGUAUCAGAGCGGUCCGGGACAAGCCACGGCAUACAUGAUCGGACAGCGUGCUAUCAUCCAAAUGAGAGAGAAGGCAACGCAGAAACUCAAAAGCAAGUUUGACCUGGAAGACUUCCAUUACUACUUUCUCUCUCAAGGGCCAGCACCUUUGAGCUUUGUCGCUGAGCAGAUCGACAAGUUCGCUGAUUGUGAGCUUGGUCACGAUGUCCCAGGCUGUGGCAUGAGACUCGGUGAUAACAGACCGCGUCCGCUGAUGACUAGGGAGGAGAAAGUACAGGAGUACUUGGAACAUGAGCUGAGUGCUCCGCAUAUCCACGAGCUAUAAAAAUAUCAUAUGCGCAAAAGGGUGCGGGCGGGCCUAUACUCAGAUAAACUAAUUUUUUAAUUAAAAUAAUUAAUAACUGCU